CACACUCGGCAGCCAUGCAUCCUCUGCUGAUCCUCGCCUUCGUGGGAGCCGCUGUGGCUUUCCCCGCUGACGACGAUGACAAGAUCGUCGGGGGCUACACCUGCGCCCAGAACUCCAUCCCCUACCAGGUGUCCCUGAACGCCGGCUACCACUUCUGCGGGGGCUCCCUCAUCAGCGACCAGUGGGUGGUGUCCGCUGCUCACUGCUACAAGUCCCGCAUCCAGGUCCGCCUGGGAGAGCACAACAUCGACGUCCUGGAGGGCGGCGAGCAGUUCAUCGACUCCGCCAAGGUCAUCCGCCACCCCAGGUACAACGGCUGGGACCUGGACAACGACAUCAUGCUCAUCCGCCUGGCCCAGCCCGCCGUCCUCAGCGCCCGCGUGGCCUCCGUGUCCCUGCCCACCAGCUGCGCCCCCGCUGGCACCCAGUGCCUCAUCUCUGGCUGGGGCAACACCCUGAGCUCUGGCGUCAACUACCCCGAGCUGCUGCAGUGCCUGGACGCCCCUCUGCUGAGCCAGGCCCAGUGCGAGGCCUCCUAUCCCGGCCAGAUCACCGCCAACAUGGUGUGCGCUGGCUUCCUGGAGGGCGGCAAGGACUCCUGCCAGGGUGACUCCGGUGGCCCCGUGGUCUGCAACGGAGAACUACAGGGCAUCGUCUCCUGGGGCUACGGCUGCGCCCAGAAGGGCAAGCCCGGCGUCUACACCAAGGUCUGCAACUACGUGGACUGGAUCGAGCAGACCAUGGCUGCCUACUAGACACCCCCUCCCCACCCCCCGAAAUAAACUGACCCU